CCUCUCUCCUUCCCUUUCUCUCUGUCUCGCGGCGGUGGGUUGGAGCCGCUGUCCCUGGUCUGGCACGUUUCCUAUUAAAUUUAUCUGUUUAGAUCCCCCCCCCUCUUUAAAAUUUAAAAUUUGAAAACAAAUUCGGAAACAAUAUAUAGGGGCGUUAUUCUUUUUUUUUUUUUUUUGUCGUUUGUGAAUUUACCUCUCGUCUGUAAGAUGGCGGUGAUGAGGGGGGUGUCCGUGCCGGCAGUUGCCCGGCUCGAGGGCCGUGAGUUCGAGUACCUUAUGAAGAAACGCUCGGUGACCAUCGGGCGGAAUUCGUCGCAGGGCUCCGUGGACGUAAGCAUGGGUCACUCGAGCUUCAUCUCCCGCCGGCAUUUAGAAAUCUUCACAGCCGGGGAGGAUGGGGCCGGCGGCGGCGACUUCUACCUGCGCUGCCUCGGCAAAAACGGGGUUUUCGUGGAUGGGGUGUUUCAGAGACGGGGAGCUCCGCCACUGCAGCUUCCGAGGGUGUGUACCUUCAGGUUUCCAAGUACAAAUAUCAAGAUCACAUUUACAGCCCUAUCAAGCGACAAGAAGGAAAAACGGGAAGCGCCAGAGUCACCAAUAAAGCCAGUGCAGCCCCAGAUCUCGCCCUUAACAAUAAACAUUCCAGACAACAUAGCACAUCUAAUGAGUCCGCUACCUUCCCCUACAGGAACCAUCAGUGCUGCAAACUCCUGCCCAUCAAGCCCACGAGGAGCCGGGUCAUCAGGGUACAGAAUGGGUCGUGUUAUUCCAUCCGACCUACAGCUAAUGGGUGACAACUCACAGUCAGAAAAUGACAAGGAGGCAUCUGGGGGAGAUAGCCCAAAGGAUGAUUCAAAGCCACCAUACUCUUAUGCACAACUGAUAGUACAAGCUAUUACAAUGGCACAGGAUAAGCAGCUUACACUAAAUGGAAUUUACACACACAUCACCAAAAAUUAUCCGUACUACAGGACAGCAGACAAAGGCUGGCAGAAUUCGAUUCGUCACAAUCUUUCUCUGAAUCGGUACUUUAUUAAAGUACCCCGCUCGCAAGAAGAGCCAGGAAAAGGUUCAUUUUGGAGGAUAGAUCCUGCUUCAGAGAGCAAACUGAUAGAGCAGGCCUUUAGGAAACGAAGGCCAAGGGGAGUACCCUGUUUUCGAACUCCUUUAGGACCGCUCUCAUCUAGAAGUGCCCCAGCCUCUCCAAAUCACUCUGGAGUGUUAUCUGCUCACUCUAGUGGUGUGCAGACCCCAGAGAGCCUCUCUCGAGAAGGCUCCCCAGUCCCAAUGGAACCGGAGCCCGCCGCUGCAGUGCAGCCUAAGUUAGCAGUAAUACAGGAAGCACGGUUUGCUCAGAGUGCACCUGGUAAGAGUCAAGUCACUCACAACAGAAAUAUUACAUUACCCUUAGGAGUAACAGGUUCCCCUUUAAAUAGCCAGCCAGUCCUAAUAACAGUCCAACGACAAUUACCACAGACCAUUAAACCUGUCACAUACACUGUUGCCACCCCAGUGACAACAUCAACAUCCCAGCAACCAGUUAUGCAAACAGUUCACCUUGUCCACCAGUUACCAGCUGUGUCGGUUACUAGUGUUGCUGGAUUAGCACCAGCAAACACAUACACGGUGGCAGGCCAGACGAUGGUCGCUCAGGCAGCAUUGUUUAAGCCUAAAGUGGAACCGCAGGAAAAUGGAGCACACAAAGAAGUAAAAGUGAAAGUAGAACCUGUUCCUGCCAUUGCCCAUGCUACUAUAGGAGUUCCAAGUCGUAUCAUUCAGACCUCUCAAGCAACACCUUUACAGACGGUUACAAUUGUGCAACAAGCCCCUCUUGGACAGCACCAGCUACCAAUCAAAGCAAUCACACAUAACGGAACCCAUGUAGUCCCUAUCACCACAGCCAUACAUGGACAUGUCAACACAGCCAUUGCAAGCCCACUACACAUGUUGGCAACCCAUGCCUCUGCAUCAGCCUCUCUUCCAACUAAACGGCAAAAUGGAGAUCAGGCAGAACAACCAGAACUUAAACGUAUCAAAACAGAAGGAGAAAGCAUAGUCAUUGCAGUAAACAUGGACUCUCCCACUGUAAGUGAACAAGGCAGUCAGAACUAAAGACUUUGAGGUAUUACUGUUUUUUAUAUCAACUCCAAGGUGCCAAAAGGAGAAGAUUAACGUAACCAUCUUUGAACUUUGGAAUGCGUUACCACCCUAUGGGUACAAAAAAUAAAUAAAUAAA